GUUCUCAAGUUUAUACAAUAAUGUCAAAUUUGCAAUAGUUGUAUGUCUUUAUGAAAUGGGCCCAUAUUUGAUAUACCCACUUCCUUAUUAUGUAGAUUGAUGUGAAUUUCUUCAUUACAGUGUCAAAAUUGUGCAUAAUGAAAAUUGCAUUAAUUUAUUUUGCCAGAUGCUGGAUUACCAUCGCAUCAUUAAUAAUGUGUUAGAUAUCUACAUGAAUUUAGAUUGAUUAAUACCCAGUAAUGGCUGUUCAGUUAGAAAUCAGCGGCUGGAAUUCUUGUAGUUUGCUGCUGAAAUUUAGUGCGCAGUCUUGCAGACCUUUCGCCAGAAUCUUUAAGUUGUGAAAUUCCUUGUCAUUGCUGAUCCCUAUACUAAUGUAUGUAUGCUUGUUUGACAUCAUUGUAUGCUUAGCACAUUAUUUAAGUUGGUUUAUGUCGCUGUACACCACAUCAUAUCAUCUUUAUCUUGGUAGAGCAUCUGUCUCACAACCGGGACGUCGGGACGGGAGUUCAAACCCCAUCCGCAUCAGUCCAAAAGACAUUAAUAGAUGGGAGUUGCUGCUACCUUUUUGGCAUUCAACGAAUAAAGGGAUAGAGCCUCGUCGAUCUGGCACUGCACAGCAGCUGCCAGGCCCGUGAUCAAUUGGGCAAAGCACAUUUUUGGAGUAUUCAACUUCUAUUACAAACACUAAAAUAAGGAUUUUCAUUAUUUCAAGGUCUUGAUAUAUGUACAAUAAUUUUAUCAUCAUUUAUGGCUAUUAGCAAAUUUUUUGUACUGUUUGAUAAACAAGGCCAUACAGGGUUAAGUUCAAUGAUAUAAGAUGUAUGAUUGAUUGCAUGUGUGAAAUUGGUCAAAAUAGAUUUUAAGGUCAACCUCUAUGCCUUUUGUUAAAUCAGUCUUUAGUCUAGAUGGGUUUAGGGAACAGUGUAUGUUAACUUUUUCAUUAUUAUUUCAUUCACUAUAAUGUUGUAAUAGAUGCUGAAUGAAUUACAAACUGCUUUACGCAUACAUGUAUGUUUUGUUCAUUCCUCAGCCUCCCUAGCUGGAAUGAGUCUUAAAGGAGGUGAUGUAGCCGUGAGCCUUGGAACCAGUGACACCCUCUUCCUCUGGCUAACGACCCCACGACCAGCCCUAGAGGGCCAUAUCUUUGUCAAUCCUGUUGAUAUUGAUGCUUAUAUGGCUCUUUUAUGUUUCAAGAAUGGAUCUCUAACAAGAGAAAAGAUACGAGAUGCAAGCAGCAAUGGUUCAUGGGAUAUUUUCAAUCAACAACUCUUGAGCACUCCCAUGGGGAAUGGGGGCAAUAUUGGUAUCUACUUUCAUGUGCAAGAGAUAACUCCAUCAGCUGUAGGUCUUCAUCGGUUUAACUCAGCUGAUCAACCUGUCACAAUCUUUGACCCAGCAACAGAGGUCAGAGCGCUCAUCGAAGGUCAAAUGAUGGGAAAGAGAUUGCACGCACAGCAGCUUGGUUAUGAUGUAGGUGGAGGUACCAGAGUUUUAGUGACUGGUGGGGCUUCAGCUAACCAAGCCAUCUUACAAGUGAUAUCCGAUGUCUUCAAUGCUCCGGUCUAUAUCCUGGAUGUUGCCAACUCAGCAUGUCUAGGAUGUGCUUACAGGGCAAAGCAUGGCUGGCUAGGUGGCGACAAAGUUCCAUUCCAUGAAGUUGUGAAGACAGCAUCUAAUUACAAGCAAGCAGCUACUCCUAAUACAAAUGCAGCUCAGGUCUACAACUCACUCUUAGAGAGAUAUAGAGUUCUAGAGGCCAAGAUAUCAGAGUGAAAUAGUAAUCAGUUUUAACUAUUUUCAGACCAAUGAAUAUGAUUGAUUUUAACAGACAUGCCAUCUGUUCCCUUCUUUAGAGUAUUUGUUCCUCUUUUUUGCUAUGAAAACACCAAUACUAUUUUGUAUGAUUUGUUACCUUUUUUAAAAUUUCUGAUCAUGGAGUAUGUAUUAUACACAGCGCGUGACACUAGCGCUGGUCCGGCAGUCCCAGACCAGUAAAAGUCACUGCCGGGCCAGUAACUUGUUGCAUGAAAAGAACAAGUAAAUUCUAACCUACGAGCACAUGUUUAAAAGGGUGAAUUUUCAAGUAGAGUAAUAUCACAUGUUUUUUCACCGAUCUCACCACAACAGGCUGGCAAUUGUUAUGUUGAGUUAGAUUUAAAAAAAUACUUUUCUUUGUCAAAAAAUACCUUUUUUUCCUUUUAAGAAUAUUUUUUUUGGGUUGUAGAAUGUUGGCAGGUCUGUUUUAAUGUGAUACAAUAGCCAUUUGGUGGGUCAAUUAAACAAAGAAUUGUACUCAACACAACUACAAAAUUCAAGCACAAUUUAAAUUUCAUCCCAAUGAGAUGCUCACAGAUAUUGAACUUGCCUUUGAUUUUCUAGAUCUUUUUUAUUGCUACUCGUUCAACAACUGACAACUGAACUCCUUGCAAUCCAGGUUGUAGUCAAUCAACCAAAUUUUAUUUUUUACAGAUGUAUAUUUUUUUAAUGUUUGUUCAAAUAAUGUUUUUUUAUCAUGAAAAAAUCAGAGGGAUGACCCCCCCCCCUCCCCCACGACGUUGCCCUUGUAUUUCUGCUCCCUUGCAAAUCAAAAUAGUGAUCUGAAAUGAAUAUGCAAACUUAUUAUUAUGCAACUGAACAUCCAUAGUGAAACUGUGAUUCAGAUACCCUCUUAUAUUUGUAUUUUGUCACUUUUCUCACAUUCCUUUAAAUUGAAUUACUUUCUUGUGGACUAUAAAUAACCUUAGGGCAGAUUAUGGAUUAAUAACAAAAAUUCUUUUCCCAGUUUCAGUUUAGUGCAAAAGCUUCCUCAUUAUUUAAAUGAUGACUGAUCAAAACAAAGAUUACAAAGAAAACGUGUUCACAAUUUUAUAGUUUAGUGAAUAUUGAGAAAACAAAACUGAUUUUUGAUUUAUUGCAAAAACUAACGCAUUAAAACAGUGAACAGGCUGUUACAGAGUAUUGCAGGGUGAACAUGCUCAUAGUUUUAUAGUGCAGUGAAUAUUAUAAUACAUACAUGUACUUAUUGAUAAGAUAAGACUUGUUCAAAGUGAAAUAACAGUUGAAAUGUAUUUCAUCAUUAAGAAUGGUGCUAAUAAAAUAAUACAACAUUAUGGUAAUGGUCA